GGACUUUUAUUUUGAAAUGACGAAGCCCAAACAGAUCAUGUGCAUUUGUUUGUAAUGGAUGGAAGGUGUACCUGAAAUAUGAGUGUUAUUACUGUUGUUUAAUACAUUUCCACAUAGUCGUUAGUCUGCAGUGUGUAUAGUUGAAAGGUCAUGCGCUCGGUAAGUUAUGUGCAGCGCGUGAGUUUAGACUUCACAGGAACACUCUUUCCUCACGCCAUCUGUCUUGGAGAUGCAGAUAACGACUCUUUGAAUGAGCUGGUGGUGGGAGACACUAGUGGAAAGCUGUACAUCUAUAAAAAUGAUGACUGUAAGCCGUGGAUCACGCGAUCAUGUGUUGGCAUGUUAACAUGUGUUGGAGUGGGAGAUGUUUGCAACAAAGGAAGGGUAAGAGUUAUCUUUCUCUUCCUCCCUUACAAAGAAGUAACAAUGAACUUUGUUGUGGCAGUGGGCGCGGAGGGCUGGUUUCAUCUGUUUGAUAUCAGUGCUGCUGCAGCCAAGUCAGACUCCUCAAGUCAGCAGGACGGUUCGUUUGGUGAUGAACAGAAGCCCAGUUACACCCAGCACAUUCCCGCCAAUACCAAAGUGAUGCUCAUCAGUGAUAUCGAUGGAGACGGACGCUGUGAGCUUGUCGUUGGCUACACGGACCGGGUGGUGCGGGCCUUCAGGUGGGAGGAACCUUCUGAUGCUUCAGAUGUGAGCUCUGGUCAGCUGGUCUUACUAAAGAAAUGGCUUCUGGAGGGUCAGGUUGACAGUCUUUCGGUUAACCCAGGUCCAGAAGGGCUCCCUGAGCUCAUGGUGUCUCAGCCUGGCUGUGGCUAUGCCAUUCUGAUGUGCUCUUGGACACAAGAGGGCGCUGCAGGACCUGGGGAGGAAAACACAGCAUCUCCUAGCAAAGAGGGUCCUUCCAGAGACGUUGCCCUUCAUCUUACCUCCGGACGCAUCCAUAACAAGAACGUGUCCACUCAUUUGAUAGGCAGCAUUUGCAGAGGUUCUAAGGAUGAUUCGUCUAAAGGUGGCCUGUUUGCUCUUUGCACUUUAGACGGAACACUGAAGCUUAUGGACAGCUCUGAGAAGCUCUUGUGGUCUGUGCAGGUGGACCACCAGCUUUUUGCCCUCCAGAAGCUGGAUGUCACUGGUGAUGGGAGAGAGGAAGUGGUGGCCUGUGCCUGGGACGGCCAGACUUACAUCAUCGAUCAUACCCGUAUGGUGGUCCGAUUCCAGUUUGAUGAAAAUGUAAAUGCAUUCUGUGCGGGCCAGUAUGCAUGUAAGGAUGGGAGGAACAGCCCCUGCCUGGUCUAUGUGAGCUUUAACCAUAAGAUUUAUGUGUACUGGAGGGUGGAGCUGGAGAGGAUGGAGCCCACCAACCUGCUGAGUGUGCUGGAAGAGAGACCCGAGUAUCCAGACCUGCUUCACAGACUGGGAGUGGAUAUCAGUGACACAGUAGCGGUUCGGAAACUCAUUGGAGAAGUGCUCUACGAGAACAUACCGAAAGACGAAACAGAGUGAAUCACGACUCACAAACACAGCUCUUCAUUUCUGAGAAGCCCGGGGGAGGAUACCAUGUCCCACCACCUGCUCCGAGCCUGUGGAGCUUCAUGCAUUAUCGAUGGAUUAUGGAGAUACUUUGCUUUAGGGAUUGGAGGAGACACAUUGAUUUCAGAUUUUGUGUUUGUGUGUGUGUGUGUACUUCAGGACAAGAGCAAUGUUUGGCUCAGGUGUCAUCAUGCAUUAUGGGCUUUCUUGCUGCUGAGGAGAAAGGACAGAAUGAAGUGUGUCCGUGCCUGCAAAUUCAGUUGUACUGAAACACUGUCAGUCCCCUGUGUGUGUGUCUGCCCUUGAGGCAUAUCUGAGCUCUUCACUGCAGUUUACCGCAAGAACACGGGGGAUAUAUGAGUUCUCUAUACACAGCUUAUGUACUUCAGUGAACGCAAACAUCUUUUUACCCUUUCAAGAGUUCACACCGCUGGUGUUCAGCAACUGUGAAUCUUGUGAAGGUGAAUGAAACUGAUUAUUAAAGUCAGUAAGUGCUAAACUUAAUGUGUUUAUUAUGCUUCAGAAUGGGCUUUUAGGAUUUCUCCCUUAAAGGAUUAGUUCACCUUAAAAUGAAAAUUACCCCAAGCUUUACUCACCCUCAAGCCAUCCUAGGUGUAUAUUACUUUCUUCUUUCUGAUGAACACAAUCAGAGGUAUAUUAAUAAAUAUCCUGACGCAUCCAAGCUUUAUAAUAAUGGCAGUGAAUGGGACCAACGAGUAUGAAGCUCAAGAAAGUGCAUCCAUCCACCAUAAAUGUACUCCACACGGCUCCCGAGGGUUAAUAAAGUCCUUCUGAAGUGAAGCGAUGCGUUUGUGUAAGAAAAAUAUCCAUAUUUAACAAGUUAUAAACUAAAAUUGUCUUGUGUUUUCAAAAUGGCUGCCCCCAUGAGGCGACUCACUCUAUGUAAAAUAAAACAUGAUUUUAAGCAAUA